AUGCAGGGUAAUAGACUUGCGCAAAUUGAUAUAAAUAGGCAAGGGUAUCUAUCUAUCUAUCUAUCUAUCUAUCUAUCUAUCUAUCUAUCUAUCUCUUUUCAUUAUGUAUUUAUCGCAUCUAAGUCUUUUUAUUAUUUAUUUAUCUUAUUCUGUUUAUCUAUCUAUCUAUCUAUCUAUCUAUCUAUCUAUCUAUCUAUCUAUCUAUCUAUCUAUCUAUCUAUCUAUUAUACCCCAGGAUUAGUAAGUAAGUAUUCCCUAAGUUUUUCAUUAUGUAUUUAUCUGAAUCUGUUCAUUGUCUAUCUAUCUAUCUAUCUAUCUAUCUAUCUAUCUAUCUAUCUAUCUAUCUUCUUUAUUAUAUAUUUAUCUGAGUUGUUCAUUAUCUAUCUAUCUAUCUAUCUAUAUACUUUUAUAAGUACAUACUUAGAUUUCUAUGUUUUUCGUAUUCUUCGAUACAAUUUUUUUUUACAAUGUCUCAUUUUGUCCGGAACACUUUACAAAUUAAGUGAGCCAAAGCAAUUUUCUGAUAAGAGUUUGAUUACAAAACGCAAAAGUUUUGACAUUUUUGCCCUGCAACCAACGAUGUCUGGGGACUUGUUUUUGCAAACAUGUUUUAAAUUAUUCCUCUUCUGUCACCUGCUGUGUUCAUUAAACGAAUUCUUUUGGUUCUAUCUGCUACCUGAUAUAAUCUCUCUCUCUCUCUCUCCCUCUCUCUCUCUCUCGGUGUUUCUUUUUAACAUAUGUUCCUUCGGAGCGUGGGGCAAUCAACACUUUUCACAGCUUCCUUCUCGGUUGCCUUUAGAAAGAGGAGGACACAAGAAAUUGGUUUGGGCUGCCUUUUCUUUGCGUUCACUGCAAUCUAUCUCUGUAGCGAAGACACCCACAGAGUUCACAGAAAAAAAAGCCAAAACGAAAUACACAGCUAAUAGACCCAAACUGCAUUUCAUUUUUUUCCUCUUGGACGUAGAACUAAUUAAAAAAAAGUAA